GAGGACGGCAGUUGGUCACGAACCCCGGCGGUUUUGUCGGGGGGGCGCUGUGGAGCGAGGAGGAGGAAGAAAGAUUGCCCAGCCGGGUUGAGUGUUUGACCUUUGUGGUCCAUGGCAUCGGCCAGUAUCAUCGUGCUCAGCAGGGGCUCAACUCCCAGUUCUUCAAGGAAGUGUCGAAGUUCCGAAAGCUGGCCAUGAAGUAUCAGCUUGAAAGAUUGGCAUCGGAGCCUGAGGGUGGUCCCAGGCCGCACGGACGGGUGGAGUUCCUUCCCUUGGAAUGGUACGGUCCUAUUCAUGUGGACGUUGGAAUAGGCAAUCGAUUGAAGAACGUGACGCUCAAGUCAGUGAGCCCGUUGCGGGACUUCGCGAACUUCGCGGUCGCUGACAUCAUGGUCUACCUGGAUGACCAAUGGCGGGAACGAAUACACGAAGAGCUUACCAGAAAGAUGGGUCAACUGUGGAAGCUUUUCUCAGAUCGCACUCCAGACUACUCUGGAGAGAUUGCUGUGGUCGGGCACUCCUUGGGGUCGGUCAUCAUGUUCGAUCUCAUGCAGAAGGGAGUGGAGAAGCUUCCUCAAGGUCUGCACUGCUCCCAGAAGGAUGUUUCCCCAAGCACAAAGAAGCCAACAGUACCGGCGCCUGCGAAAGUGAAUGUUGCCACGCCUGGCAGCUUUGACCGAAAGGGUGUCAAGAUUCUCAAAGAUCACGUGGCGAAAGGACACGUCGCUGCCUUGAGCAAAGGACAAGCAGCGGGAGCCAUUGAGCAUCCGGUUCCACGAUGUCUCUUUGCUGUUGGAUCGCCCUUGGGGAUGUUCUUGAGCAUCCGUUUGUCGCAGAAGGCGCAGCGCGCCUCGAGGUACUUCAGGGGCCUCGACGUCCGCUGGCCCGCGGUGUGCGAGGGACGAGGAUGGAGGAUGUUCAACGUCUUCCAUCCAGAUGACCCGAUCGCGUAUCGGAUCGAGCCGCUUCUGAACCCGGCCUAUGCGAAGCAAAACCCAAGGGUGGUACCUCACAAAGGUGGUUUGCGCUGGAACCACAAGAUUAGCAGUUGGUUUACCAGCUCCUCCGCGUCCAAGGGACCUGACAGUGCCGGGCUGCUGGACUUGGACGAAACCUUUGAGGAGGUUUUGGUUGUGCCGACUGAGGACCCGUCCAGCUUCUUCGAGGAGAAACCGGCGCGGCAAGCAGUGGUCACCGUGGACAGAGUGGACUACGCUUUGCAGGUCAGUGCCUUCGAAAGCAUGAAUGAGAUGCUCAGUGCACUCCAGAGUCACUUCUCCUAUUGGGACAAUGAGGAUUUGCUCCGCUUCGUCGUCGACCAAAUCCACGAGUCGCUGCAAAGUAAAGCGAGAUCGUCGAAAUGAGGGGACCUGGCAGUAGUUCGACGAACGCGCUCGACGUGUUGGUCCCGUGUGUAUAUAUACAUUUGAUAACACAGCUUAACCGGCCAAAGACUGUCUCACCCGAGGAAAGAAUCGUUUCUCAC